GUUGCUGAUACUUUCUGGGAGCGCGUUUGUGAAUGUGCUCAGAUUUACUGGCGAUUGACCGUUCUAGUUGUCGCGGUGAUUAAAGUUCACUAAAACUGUCUCUAAGUUCGUUGUUCAUCCAAUCAAGAACCUGCUUCUGAUUGAUGAGAAAUUAAUAUUCACUAUAUUCAGUUGAAAAUAACGCUACUAGCAUUACUACUAUCAUUCUAAACAUGGUCCUAGGUUAUAGUUAUUCGUUAGACUGUGAUUCAGAGUCUAGAAAGAAUAAUCUUGUUGAUUUGGAGGAAUUUCCUGCUUUAACAAAAUCGAAACCCAUAUGCUUCAGUGGUGUAACGUGGAAAAACCAAGUCUUUGUUCCUACUGAGGAUUCCAUAGAAUCAGAAGCCACUGGAAAUAACUGUCUGAAUGUCUCUAAAAAGAAACGUUUAAAAAAGAAGAAGAAAAAGAUUCUGUGCAGUGAGGAAAGCACUGAUGAUAGCUCCCCUGCCAAGUGUUGCGACUUCUGGUUUUUUGUGAGCGAAAAAGUGGAUAGCACUAAGGUAAAUCAACCGUCAUUUCGUGAAACUCAUUUCGAAUUCAUAAAAAGUCAGUGUAAAUCAGAUCCAAUAGUAACCAAUGGAGAUAGUCAUUUAACAGAAUCUUCGAUUAUUGAGGUCACCAACCCAUUUCAGGUGGAAGAUGAAGGUUUCGUUGAAGAGUUAGUGGACUAUGCAACUAACCAUCAUCUUGUUUCUUAUUCUUUUCCCACGAAUACGUCAAAUAUUCUGUCCUCUGGUUCUACUCAGCACUCAGUUCAAUCUAAACCUACUUACGAAUCACGAAUAAUUAAUCCCACAUGUCCGCUCAACUCCACAAAAGAUCAAAUGGUUGCAUUAGGGUUGAAUCACUCUAUGUCCGAUGCUUUAAAAUUUCAAACAAAUCCUAUUAAUUGCUCUGUUAAAGAAAAGACACUAAGAAAUGUGCGACUAACUAAUACAGAACAACAUGCUCGAAGUAUGAGUCCAUCUAAUCCUACUGACACAUAUCUAUCUUUAAAAGAUACAAAUGAUCUUAUCGACGAAGAUGAUUUGGAGGGUACAGAUCUACUUCAUUUAAUCAGCAAUUCAUUGGAUCGAUUUAAUGCUAUUGUUCACCCACGAGAUAAUAUAUCAACAUUAACAUCUGGUUUAGGUGAAUCUAGAAAUAUUUUAUCAGAAUCUGAGAGUAGUAAUAGAUACUCUCAAGAUUGUCUAUUUCCCACUGAUAUUGUUACAAAACCUACUACAUUAUUAUCUACAGAUAGAGAAUAUAAAUUCUCGAAUAUGAUGAAUAUAGGCAAUAAAUUAGUCCAGAAACACUUUAAUCAUUCAUCGUUGUUAAUUUUGGAUUCUGAAGUAGAACAAACUGGUGAAAUUUUGGAAGUAAAUAAUUCUUCAUAUACGACUACUACAACAAGUUGUUCAUCUUUGGGGCGUUUACCGAUAUCAUUAUCGUACUCAUACUCAAAUGAGGUCCCUAUAGCAUCUUGUCAACCGAACACGACAUACUAUUCCAAUAUUCCAUCAAAUAUACCAAUCGAUGUUACUGCUCCCGCUGUCACUAAAUAUAUUGUGCCACCAACCGAUUCUAUACAAGUUAAAAACGUUCUUACGGAUAAGUCAAAAUCAUGUUGGCCAACUUUACCUGUUAGUGUAACUCAACAUAAUCCAAAAAUGUUAACUUCAUCCACAGAAUCAAACAAUUUACUGGUUGAAUUAAUUAACAAUAACCGAAAUGUGUUAACUGAUAAUGAUAUAGAAAUGUUAAAUUAUUUAAAUUCGGAUUUAAAAAAUCUUUUAUGUAAUGUUUCAUCUACUAAUACAACUGCUGUUUAUACAACUUUAGUUGAUUCACCUUCUCUUCAUAGUAGUGUUAAUAAUAACAAUUGUAACUCAAUGAGUUUAUUUGGUAAUCGAGAUGAAAAUCUAUGGAAUCAUAGUAAAUCAUUUCAAUCCAAUAUGUCGUUAAUGCAUAAGACACAACUACUAAGACAUCUAUCUCAGUCACCUCAAACAACAAGUCUACCGCCAUUAUCGAAAAUAUUUCUUCAGCAUUCUAAUACUGUGUCAUCAACUCCCGUAGAUGUAAUGAAAUAUGAAUGUUUAAACAGUGAUUCAGAUAAAUUACUAAUGAAUUCAUCUGAUAAAAUGAUAUUUAAUGCAAAAUGUAUUAAUAACGCAAAUAACAAACGUAAUGAUAAUUUUAUCGCAUCGUUCUCAUUAACGUCAGUAAAUAAUUCUACUGGAUGGUCGACAGAAGCAAUUAAUAGCUUGCCAUGCGACACAAGAAAUAUAUUAGCACGAUCGCAUUCAGUUGGAUAUCAUCAAGAUACUUCUGUUAAUAAAUCAUUAUCUACAAUAGGACCAGGAGUAACAAUGACAACAUCAUGCUCUAUCAAUCGUACACCGAUUAUUAACGUGAAUUAUCCAUUUACAAGUGGAAAUUUAAAUACGAACUACUUACCUAUUAUUGGACAUUCUACAUCUACAUCUGGUAAAAAUAAAAUGACUUCUGGAAGUUUACCACUACAAAUGUGUACUACUAAUUCUACUGUGAAAAAUUUAAAUGGAUCACAACAACAGGAGGGAUUUUCCAAUGCUCACUGCAGACGACAAAACAAUAAUAACAAUAUACCUUCGAACAUUAGCAACAUUUCAGUUUGUUCAGUGGGUACUUUGAAUUCAGUAAAACAAUCAGGUCCGAAUUCCCAACUGUCAUGUAACAAAUCACGUUGUUGUACAAAUGGUCAAAUAGCACCUGGAGCAGUGACGACUAUAACACCAGAUUCAUCAUUAUACCCAGGUACAGAAUUAGUCAAUGGAAAACCAGUUGUAGCUAAAUGGCGUCGUGCAUGCAGCUUCUACUUACGUGGACAUUGUAAAAAAGAAGAUUGUGAAUUUGCACAUGAUUUAACAAAAGUGACUUGUAAAUUCUGGGAGAUGGGUGAGUGUUUCAAAGGAUCCACCUGUCCAUUUCUACACGGUUAUCCACCAGAACUGAAUAUUGAGCAGCAGCAUUCAUAAGUAAUAAACUGGAAUAUGCAUGUGUGUACAUGGGCAGCUUUUAAUGUGUUCGUUUCCCUUUUUUCUACGUAACACUCACAAUUUGAUUGUUUUAUUCCUUUUGUUUACUUUUACCAAAGAAGAAAGGCUUCAUAAAGGAAAAGAAGUGAAAAAACAACAUAAUCCUUAUUUAACUGCAUUUUGUUUUUAUCCUUGUUGUCUUUUAAUAUGUUAAUUUAUUUUGUUUUCUUAUCGUACAUAUUUUAUGUAUGGUUUGAGCUGAAAGCCUUGUCUCCCUCCCUUCUUGUAUUAUUCUGAGAUUAUUCUACUGGGAGAAACGAAAAGAGAAAAUUUUUACACUUUAUUCACGUUCAUUAUUAUUAUUAUUAUUAUUAUUAUUAUUAUUAUUAUUAUUAUUAU